AUGGUGUACACAUGGGAUGGAGAUCUGAUGCCUCGGGACGUAGAGUGGUUGGGAUCAGAAGGAGAAUUCUCUUUGGGGGAUGGGGAGGCACCGAUGUAUACAGAGGACGGCGAUGAGCACGCGUAUCAUGGGUUCCCCUGGGAGAUUUCGGGCGGAGUAGACAGCUGGGACACGUAUGACACCAACUUCAUUGACCCCAUCGCCGAUACGUUUGCGGAUAGAGCCAAUUUCAGGAUCCCAGAAAGCUUCGAUUGGAACAGGACUACGAACUACAACUAUGCAGCCCCGGCGAAGAAGGAGAACUUUCAUGGCGUCUACAAACAAGUCAGAUCUGCCUUGGACUACAACUAUCACGUGAACUAUAUCGAAGAGCGACAGCGGCUGCAGGAUGAGAUUGUCAAGUACUGGUGCGACUCAGGAGUUCAUUCUGAUCGGCCAUGGAUCAUCUUUACAGCGGGGGCAAUGGGUGCAGGCAAGUCGAGGACGAUCUCGCAGUUGGAAGCUAGUGGUGUGGACUCGCUCCGUCUCAUGGUGAAGGUGGAUCCUGAUACAGUGAAAUACCAGUUACCUGAGAUGAAGCAUUACAUCUCUCGAAAUCCUGGGCCGAAUCCAAACAAGAACAUCAUUCUAGCAGGGCACGCCACGCAUAAUGAAUCGGGGUUCUUACAAGAGGUGAUUGUGCGAAAGCUGAUGGAGGGCAGCAAGCAUUUGAUAGUGGAUGGGUCCUUGUCCAACGCCGAGUGGUAUCGGGAAUAUCUGACGCAGAUCCGAACCAAGUAUCCUCACUACCGGAUCGGAAUCAUUCACGUCAUGUGCGAUCGAGAAAUCAUCUGGGAGAGAGUCCAGCAGCGGUGCAUCCGCACGGGGCGGUGCAUCUCCCGGCAGGUCGUCGACCUCUCUGUCGAGAUGUCGCCCAAGGCAGUCGAGCAGUUGACUCCUCUGACGGAUUUCGUGGCGAUCGCACGUAGCGAUGGAGACAUACAGGACAAGGAGCUUAUCUUCACACACCUCAGGAACACGAGCAUCCUCGACGAUUUCAAGAAGAACUUGGAGGGGGGCCAACAUCCACACUCUACGAACCUGCUGGUCUCCCCCCGUCGGACCUGCGCUACUCGUCAUGCUCGCACAGACGCCAAGUCAGCUUCUCUCACCUCCUCGCUGAAAUCCCCGAGGAAUUCCUCCCAGCUCCUCAUCAGGAGCAGGAAGGCUUGCGAAGAGCAGCAUGCUACAGCCGGCCCUGCCAUGAUCAUGGCGACGUUGGGAGGCGAGACAAUGGAACGCAUGACCCAUGGAGUCAUCGCCCCUAUCACGGCAGCAGCAUGGUAG